AAGGCAAACACGUCAUUGUGAUGACCUGUAGCCAGUGUUUUGGGCAAACUACUCCAUUUUCCUCGAUUAGAAACGCUCCGAACUAAAAAUAUGUACGAGAAAGAGGAAGGAGAGGAAGGGCCAAAGAGCUCCUUCGUAACCUACCUGUCCGAGGGAGACAAGCUUUUCGACAAUGGAGAAUACAGAAAAGCUCUCGAGAGCUACAGCACGGCACUGGAAAUUCAGCCAGAGGACAAGACAUGUCUGGUGGCCAGGGCGAAAUGUUACCUCGCUCUCGGGGACUCGGAUGCAGCGCUGCGAGACGCAGAGGCAGCACUGAAGGAUGACAAAGAGUACAUCAAGGGUUUGCUGAUGAAAGCAGAGGCUCUGUACUCCAAGGGUGACUUUGAGCACUCCCUGGUGUUCUACCACCGCGGGCACAAGCUGCGUCCUGAAGUGGACGAGUUCAGACUGGGCAUCCAGAAGGCACAGGAGGCCAUCAACAACUCUGUCGGCACUCCAAGUUCAGUGAAGCUUGAAAACAAGGGGGACACUUCAUUCCUGAACAAGCACGAAGAUAAUAAGAAAGCAGCUCGGCGACCAGCGUACCAGAAACCACAGAAACAAACAACACAGAAGAGCAACAAACAGAAGCCAAAACCCAAGGAAAACCAGAAGACAAUCAAACAGCUCCUUGGAGAAUUGUACGCUGACAAGGAGUAUCUGGAAAAACUCCUCAAGGAUGAAGACUUGAUCAAGGGAAGCUCGCAGACUGGCAUGGCAAUCUACGAGCUUGUCACGGACGGAAUCCAGUACUUGGACACGAGAACGGAGUUCUGGCGCCAGCAGAAGCCCAUGUACGCCCGGAAACGUGACAAGGUGGUCGCUCGCCAGGGCUUCCAGAGACAGAAGAAACCACGAGUGAGGGAAGCCGCGGCUGACCCUGCUAACUACAUCCUGAAAAACCUGGAAGAAAUCGAUCAGGCCCUGGCAGAAGGCAAAGCAGAGGAGAGUCUGAAGCAGGCUGAGAAGACGCUGAAGACAGUUGACAGUUGGUCGGAGGAUGACGUCCCCAACAAGCCUGAUGUUGUAGGAAAUCUACACAGCUGUAUAGGCAAUGCACUGCUGGAGUUAGGAAAGAUGGGAGAUGCUUUACAACAUCACCAGAAGGAUAUGGACAUGGCAGAGAAACAUAAUCUGGAGGAUGCCCGAUCGCGAGCCCUCGACAACCUCGGCAGAGUGUACGCAAGGAUGGGCAAGUUUGAGAAGGCAAUUGAAAACUGGGAGCGCAAACUACCUAUGGCAAAGACUCCUCUAGAGAAGACCUGGCUGUACCAUGAGAUUGGGCGCUGCAACCUGGAGCUAAACGAGAACGACGAAGCUCACAAGUACGGUGAGAUGUCCUUUGCUGAGGCCCAGGAGGCCGAAGAUGAUGUCUGGCAGCUGAACGCAAGUGUUCUGAUCGCUCAGGCAGAAGUGAGACAAGGACAACUAGAAGGAGCGGUGCAGUCGUUUGAACGUUCGCUUGAAAUGGCACAAGCACAGGGAGACACGGCCGCAGAAGUCGCCAUCAAGAGAGCUUUGGAUGACGUCAACAACCGUAUUGCCAAGAAAGAGAAGGACAGUCGACCGUCUUCCGCUGCAAAAGACCAGAAGACAGAGGAUGAUGACAAGAAAGAACCAGAGCCAGAGCCAGAAGCAGAUGCUAACUAUGAAGAAGACUUUGACAAGGAAGAUGACGUCAAAGAAGAAGAACCAGUUAAGGAGGAGACAGAGGAACCUCAGGAGGAGGAGCCAGCGGCAAAGGAGGGCGGGGCAUCGCCUGUCCCGGAGUUUGAGGUCCAGGAGAAGGCGGAUGAGUAGGGGGGAGAUGAGUUCUGGGAUAUGGACAUUCCUACAGAAGACGACGA